AUGGCAGCCGAACGAAUCCCCAUCGAAAAGUACGAUCAAGCCUUCGGUCCAACAAACAUCGACCUCAUCUCCGCCCCCCUUGGCGGUAAGAUCAUCGCUUUCUCCGACGAGUUCUUCGCCGCCGCCGAGAACCUGAUCCAAUCUCACCCCCCUAUCAGACGUGCCGGAUACUAUGUCGAGACAGGAGCCUGGUUCGACGGCUGGGAAACCCGCAGACACAACCCAAACCCAACAGACUGGGUCAUAAUCCGCCUCGGCGUCUCCUCCGGCCUCGUGACAGGCACCGAAAUCGACACAGCCUAUUUCUCCGGAAACCAAGCCCCCGCCGUCUCGAUCGAAGGCUGUUCUCUCCCUCUCGGGACUGAUCCCGUUCCCGGGGACUCCACGGUCUGGAGUCCAAUUCUUGACGAAAUUGAAUGUGAACCGUCCACGAGGCAUUUGUUGAAGUUAGUGGAUCCACCGAGGGAGGCGUUUACCCAUGUCAGAUUGCAUCAACACCCCGAUGGCGGUAUCGCGCGGUUCCGGCUUUACGGGUCGCCUAUCCCCGUUUUUCCUGAGGACUUUGCGAGUAUCAUUGACCUCGCGCACGUCUCAUACGGUGGUCUCGCAGUCUCGUGCUCUGACCAGCAUUUCGGCAGAAAAGAAAAUUUGCUGUUACCCGGUCGUGGUAAAGACAUGGGUGAUGGGUGGGAGACGAAGCGGUCGAGAGGCGCGGAGCACGUAGACUGGGUCAUCGUCAAACUCGGUCACACCGCCGAAAUUGACUCGAUCGAAAUCGAUACCGCCCAUUUCCGUGGUAACUUCCCACAAGCAGCGUAUAUCCUCGCUUGUUCCUCCCCUCACGUCAUACCCGCCGAAGACACGGAAUGGAUUGAGGUUUUGGGGAAACAGAAACUGAGUGCGGAUAAGCAGCAUGUAUUUGGGGAUGAGUUGAGAAGUGUGGAGGGGGUGGGGUAUACGCAUGUCAAGUUGGUUAUUGUGCCGGAUGGGGGGGUGAAGCGGUUUCGGGUUUACGGGAGGAGGAGCAUGUAG